AUGCUCCGUGCCCGCGGCCCCAUUGGCGCCCUUCUGGGCGCGUGCGCAGGACCCAAAGGCUGCCCGGACGCGGAAGACCUGGCUUUGCAGAGGUUCCCGCUUCGGAAGCGUGGGAGGAGUGAAAGGCUGCAGGUUGUAGAUAUCGGUCUUGGCCCCGAGGGGUUCCCCAGGGCCUUUAGAACCCAAGAAAGGAAAAGCAGGCACAGCGGCGGCGGCUGGCCAAACCCCCGACCUGUCUUCCAGGCAGGGAGGGGGGGCGAGGAGGGGGAGCAGCUCCGAUAG